GAAGAACUGCAAGUAAGAAUAAAACAGAUUAGAGAAGAUGGAUGGCAUCAGUUGAAACAGAAGAGCAGGGAAGUGUUUUACUCACCUCCUUCUUUUUGGCUUGGAUUGUACAGUGUGUGGUAACCUCAGUAUACAGAGAGGCAUCACUUGAUUCCAGUAGUCCUGACUUUGUGCCCUCCUUGUUUGUGUACACAAAACAAAGCCAGACACCUAAGACAAAAAUGGAAAGGUAUCACAGGAAAAGGAGGAGAGAUGAACGCCCUGACAUGCAACCUGCUUCUUCCAUGGCUGAAAUGGAACAAGACUGUACCAUUGAUCAUUGCAGUGAUGAGGAGGAAGCUGAAGGGGACCGCCCAGUGUCGAGAAAGGAAUAUGAUGAUCUUUGCUUUAGACAUCAACUGCAGGAAGACUACAUCAACCUGCAGCAGGACUGUUAUAAAUUACGCAGUGAGAAUGAAGAACUAAGGGCAUACACUGCGCAACAGGGACUGCAUGUGGUCCCAAAGGGAAGGUUGUUCUUGUAUUUUGAGUUCUCGCCAGAGAAAACGCAGCAAUGGUCUGUCCUCUGGGAGCAACCGGACCUGGUGGAACAUCCCACGUAUGUCACUGCUGACUGCAAUGGAGUGUUCCCGGAAUCGGAGCAGAACCGCAAGUAG